GCUUAGCAUUGGCUGUAGAGGUUCACGUACAGGUAACAUCGCUCGGUUUUCAAUUGUUUUGUUAUUGAUCGCCAACAACUAAAGACGUACGCUGGUCUUAACACUUAGGUUUUUCUUACGCAUUUUGACCAAUAAAAAAGUGUUUUUUGUGAAAAUUUAUUCGAAUUUUACCUGAUUUUACCUGAAAGUUCAAUAUCACUCAGCGAAUAUGAUGCGUUCCCAUAAAAUUCUUCUUAUUUUUGGCCUGUGCCCGAUCAUACUGACUUCUGCAUCACCAUUCUUCAAAACACUUCUCACAACAACAGAGACACCGACACACAUCAGCGAUUUCCGUAAUCUACCAAGGAGUGACUCACGUGCCAUAAAGCCGGACAUUUUCCCUGGUUUCGAUUUCCUGGAUGAACCAACGACAAUGCGACCAAAGACUCCGCUAGACUUUUACGGCAAGGUCAUCGGCGGGCUAGUCAACCGAGGUCGACAGACAUACGAACGGAUCGUGAACAAUCUGCAGAAAUUUGAAAUCAAUAGACGGGCCAGUCUGAGCCAGAAAUUGGAAUAUCUUCCGGUUGUUCAACGGAUCGUUGCGACUACGGAAAGUGUGCCAGAAUCAACGGAAUUUUUCGACGAAAAGUUUAAAUCGUCGAAAGAGCACAAUUGGCCAAAGAAAUACUUUUCGUCGAUUCUAACAGCCGUCGCUUUGAAUAAGCUUCGUAAUGCAUCAGAUCCGGAAUAUUUGAGCAAAGUUGUUGGUGCAACUGCCACCUAUAUAAAUCCACUGUUAAAUGUCUGGAAAAGAGCCACACUCCAGUUGAAUUUCAGACGUAACACAACCGUGCUGUAUCAACAGAAACACAACAAUGAUACCAUAAGCAACAUCACCUACCCAUCACCCACUCUACAACAGCCGACGAACGAAAGCAUUGGAGUAACAAAUCUUGUAUCGAACCCAUCAUCGUCAUUAGGUUUCCGGUAUGCAUUUUCAAAAUAUUUAAAUUUGAUCUCAAAAGGGUAUGGCGAUGCCGACGAAAAUGAGACAAUAGCAGAAUUAUCGGAUGGUGUGCCUUCGGGCGAUGUCAAUUUAAAUAAUAAUAACACGAUGGGUGUGAAUGCUGUUGCUUUUCCAAUCGAAAGAAUUGAUGAACGAAACGACGAUGAUGAUGAUGCCGACGACGACGACAUCCAAGCCAAUGACGAUAAUGACGAUGAGUUGAAUGAAAAUGGAAACGACGACAAUUUCGGAAUUUUCAUUUUGGAAAUUUUUGGUACAAUUGCUGGAUUGACUUGGGGUGCAUUUUCACAGUUACAGAAUCUGUUUGCACAGAAUGGAAAAAUGGCAAAUGAAUAGUAGAAUGUUAGAGAUGUAUAUUGAUAGGGAAGCUGAUGACGGAGACGAUAUGAUUCGGUUGUAAAUAUUUGGGUGAGUCGAAAUGUUUGCGAAUUAAAUAAAAUUUGAAUAAAUGAAUAUUCCGGAAAAGACAGGCCUUGCUAGUGAAUAAUGUUGGAGGAUUUUCUCUUUUUUGUAUUUCAGGGCUUUGAUUUUGAUUAGAAGUAGCAC